AUGAAUGCAUUACUACCUUUUUUGUCGGCUAGAGGAGGAUCUGUGUACAAAAACUUCCAUGAAAAGAGCAUCAACGUAUUCUUCCUGAACCUGCUCCUAGAAAUAAUCACCUAUGGCAUGUGCACAUUUUUUAUUUUCAGUUGCAACCACAAGAAAAUAACGUUAUCAUUCUCGUUCUCGCUGGUCAUGGGAAACCUGUUCCUCAUAGAUUCUAUUCUUCUCAAAAAUGUGUAUCAGAUGUAUCUAUACACAAUUUUCUAUGUGUACACGCUAUCAUUGAUGACUUACUUCCUGUUUGAUGAGAUAAACACCCGGAUAAGCAGAGUGUUCGGAAUGCUGGUGAUACUUCUCUUUUUGAUAAGAGGCUCUAUCAUCAUUUACAAGUCCAAAGGAUUUAUUUACGAAUUUUCAUGGUACUACUACAAGAAAAUCGGUUGUGAAUCAACUAUAAACGGUAAGUAA